GUGCUACUCCAGAGGUUUUUUAUGGUUAUAAAUCGCCAUACUUCACUACAGAUACAAGUGACCGUGGAGUAUUCAUUUGUUGGAGAGGCUGGUAGCUACAGUGCUGACAUAAUCUAUAGGGUUUUAUCCAAAGGAGUGAUUGUCCUCCAUGGAUUUCAGACGGUUAAAGCAAAGGCUGGUGAUGCAGUCACAAGUGGCUCUACGACGUUCCAGUUGUCUGUCAGCGUCGAUAUGGCUCCAGUAGUGCAGAUUCUGGUCUACAGCGUUCUUCCCAGUGAGAAUAUAGUUGCUGGUAGUGUGCCGUUUGACACCGAUCUGUAUUUGCAGAAUCAGGUGUCUCUGCAGUUUUCUCCAGCUACGGCUGUUCCUGCGGACGGAAACGUUCUGAUGGUUUCUGCUCAAGCAGCAUCUCUGUGUGGCCUCAGUGCUGUAGAUCAGAGCGUCCGGAUCAUGGAGCCAGGAAGACGUCUGAGUGAGGCACACAGACAGCCUUUCAGCAAUCAGGUUUUUUGUUUGGGCAUUUAAUCUGAAUAUUUCAGUGUGUGGCACUUCUAAUUAGAAUGCCACUUCAGUUUACCCCAGUGUCUGAAGUACAAGGGCCUGAAUUUUUAUCGCAACUUCAGUGUCGGUACGUCUGUUAGUUUGAUUCUUGCUCUAGAAAU